CUCAAUAUUGCAGUUGCCGUAAAGUCGGGUGCAGGUGCAUACGUGGGUGACUCAGGACGGCGUCGAGAUCCCGUGAUCCACUACUCAAAACUGGCUGACGGGAUGCACUAAGACGAGUAAAAUAAUUAAGUGCGGACGUGGAAAAUGAUGAUGUAUUCUUGUAACGGUUGGAGUGACAGGGACGCUCGUGGGACGAGAGGGAAUGGCUCAACCAUGAAAUAGGCGUUUUCACCUAGGCCAAGAACAUGACAAGCGUUCAGGAUUAUCUACGUGAGCUCCGUGCAGCUCGGAAAGAGUUUGCAGCAGGCAGCAAACCUGGCACUGCGGCCACUACCACUGAGCAGCACGUUGGUGGCUCUCCAGCCAUCAACCGCUCUGCCGCCUCGCCGUGGCUCAAGUCGCCAGCCGUCUCCAAGCCACUCCCGUCCGCGCCAGUGCGCGACGGUGGUGGAGGUGAGCCCGCGUCGGUUCGUCAGGGUGCUGGCCGGGGACGACCGUCCGUCGCACCAGCGAACUCCCUGGCGGUCCGUGGCACCGGCCGAGCAGCCGUUGCUCCGGCACCGGGGAGACCGUCACCAGGAGCCGCCGGAGCCCGGGGCGGCGAGGGCCGCUCACCCGCCCGCCCAGUGAAGCCGUCGGCGGCCGCCGGCGGGAGGACGCCGCCCGAGGACGCCGACAGCGACACUGACAUCAGCCACCUGAUCGACCAGCUGAGCCUGAAGUCGCCGGCCAAGGCGGCGGCGCCGCGGCGCGGCAGCAAGAUGGAAAUGCUGCGCCGCAAGUUCUCCACCUCCAGCCCCACCAAGUCGUGGGCUGACCUAGGCAGCAGCGGCGGCUCACUGAGCCGACCGCGCGCCCGCUCCUCGGUCAGCAUCCAGCUGACGCUGCACAGGACGCAGGGCAUCAAGGAGCGCACGCCUAACGCGCCGUGCGUCAUCUACGUGGCCGGCGGCUACCUGCGCUUUAGCCUAGACAAGAUGGAGUGUUACGCGCCCUGUGACCGGGUCUGGCACGAGCUGGCGCCACUGCCGGACGCGCGCUCCGGCCUUCGGCGUGCUGGACAGUAA